AUGCAAGGUAUCGCAAUAAUUAUCCUCUCUGCGUUAUCUUUACACGUCCAAGAGAUACCGAUCAGAUGUCAUGGCUCGGCAGCAACUGUUUUUCAGUAUAUUAGCUUUGAUUUGGAUCCUUUUCAUCGCCUAACAAGCCACAAGAUAUCAUCUUCUGUUGUUGAUUCAAUGGAAGAUUGCGCCAUGAAAUGUGUAAUGCAAUGGGAACGGUGCCUUUCGUUCAACUUAGGAAAUUCAACAACAAAUAAACAUUGCUGUGAGUUGAUCAGCACUGACAAGUACAACAGUAUAGACAAUUACAGUCACAGUGACAACUUCCACCAUUUUUUUAAAAAGGUAAGUACAGAGAGAAAAUUGUGACGUCACUUUCUUAUGGUACCUAAAUUUCUGAUCUCUCAACUGACAAUCUUUCUUGAAGAGACGGUUAUUUGCAUUGACGAACGAUGGCCGAAAAAGUAUGAGCUACCGUUUUGUUCCUGAGUGCAAACCACAGAAGGUCGCAGAAAAGUCAUAUUUGUUAAUUUUUUCGUUUUUUCUACAAUUCAGAUUGAGCAAUUUUGCUACCAUGGCAACGUGUAGUGGCGACUUUUCCUCUCUACUCGCAGGCUAUGAAUGCAUUUAAAAAAGAAAUAAAUUAGACGGUGUUUGUUUACUUCUUCCUGUAAAUAGUUGUUUACUUCUUAAAAUAAAUCCAUAUAACGCGGUGCUUAACCAUGGCCAGGUGAUAUGACUUUACGCAUGCUUAAGCACUGGCCAAACAGUCUUUUCUCAAAGCUCACCCGUGGUUUCUUUUAAUCACGUGAUCUCCAGUAAACAAGAAAACCGGGAGACUAUGGUGUUUCUUUUGCUGUUUUCAAGAUGCUAGCUUUAAAGACCUCGAUCAUUUGACCAAGACUGAUACACUAACUGUUUAUCAUUUACAUGAGCAAAAUGUUCUUUCACAGUUUGGCCAAAUGAUAAAUGCCUUAUUUGGAAAGUAGCAUUUACCAUUUGAAAAAAAAGAAAUAAAAAAAAAACCGAAAAGCUGCUAAAUUCUAAAAUCGGCUAGGUCGGUAUCAAGCGUAGAUUAGAACACUACCUUUCUGAAUUUUUUCCACUACGACACAUGUCGGAAAAAACUUUUUAAUCGGUUAAAUAUUGACAUACUAACUACUAACUUGUCAUGGUAACUAACUUAUUCAUGUUUAAAAUUUCCAUUGUCUAUAGAAUAAGUGUGGAAAUAACAAGACAUUGUGUGAAAAUGGAGGAACGUGUUAUCCAAUCUAUGAGAACAAUGAUUACCGGUGUGUGUGUUCAGCAGAUUACACUGGGCGACACUGUGAAGGUAAGCAGUUAAUUUUUCCAUUUUAACUAAUGACCGUACUAGUAGUUCUCCGGGGAAUAUCUCCCUAGAUUUGCUAUAUAUAUGGAUGUACCGAUGAGUCUUUGGGGCUCUGGACUUGUUUCAAACUAGAGAAAAAAAUUUGCGACCCUAUUCAGACAAUAGUUGGAAAAAAAAACAGAUCCUUUUUCAGGCAAUAAGCGAAAAAAUAUCAUGAAAUAUGUACACAUUGUCAUUAUCGUGCAUUUGUUUAUUUUUUGCCUACAUCAAGUAUUUACCUUGGAAUGCACUUAAGCUUGAUUGAGAAUCAUCAUCAGAAUAAUCAGGGAUUAUGGGGGGAAAUAGACCGCCCUGUUCCACAGUCAAACUGAUAAGUGAUAAAUACCCCUCUUCCAAAUAUAACGAGUGGUUUUUGUACCCUGUUCUAGAGUCAGAGAGGCAAAAAGCAAACCCUAAGCAGCACAUACCUGCCUGGCCAAUAUACGGGAGCAACUACCCGACGUCCUCCCGGGAAUAGGGACCUAAUAUCCGACGACGGCGACGGCAACGGGAACGCCACAAAAGCAAUAGGUUUAAUUAGCAAAACAACAAUUCUGCACGUGCAUCACGCUUUUUUGUACAUUUCUUUGCCGUCACUGCACGACUACGACGUGAAAAUGCCUUAUUUCACGUUUUAUGGAGGACGUAAACAAGCUACUACGAAAUUUUCUUUCUCAUUCUGAACUUGGAUAUGUUUUUUAGGAAUUCAACUCCAAGAGAGUUCGCCUACAGUUGACAAAGUAAGUGAGUUGGAACUGUCGCGAUGAAGACUGGAUGAACGCGAAUUCACUUUUUAAGCGAUGUUUUCGCUGCCGUCGCCGUCGUCGGAUCUUAAGGUCCCUAAUUGUUCCACCCAGGCGAAGGUGGCUGCUUAGCUUGUCAAAAUGUCACAGUUACUAAAAACUACAGACGAACCUUGUUACACACUACCUUGUGCGAUAUCAGUCUCUCACUGAACUCAGUAGUUAGAACAUAUCCAGCUGUUUGAUACCCGGCAGAAAGGUUGUAGGGCUGGAAAAAAUGCUUAGCGUCCCCCGACGGGGCACUCCCUAUAAUAACCUAUUCCGUGAGACUCCCCCUUAAAGGGGGUACCUUUUUCAGGGUUCAGGUAUCCUUUUCACAUCACUUUGCACCCACCAAACAAUCCGAAAGCCUGGAACAGGCUUGCCUGCGUGCAGACGUCUCCUAUUUCCUCUGUGCAACAAAGGAAAUAGGAGACGUCUGCACGCAUGCAAGGAACAGGCUAGAACUAAAAGGGUCAUAAGACACGUUUUAAUUAUGGCUGUGAAAAAGACAAGAAAACUUCAUAAUUAUUACGAAGACGAUGCUUUUACAGCAGGGAUGCAGUGCUUUGAACAGGUUGUGUGAAAGUUAUACUGAUCAAAUAGAAAGAAUACGAAAGGGUUGCCUUUUCUGCCAAAAAUGGUAUAUGGUAUAUUUCCUCUCUGCCUUUAACUUUAAAAGGCAUUUCUUUAUUUAUUUGGGAUAAAACGUUUGUCUAUUUCUUUUCACCGCUGUUGAUAAGAAUUUUUUCCGGAGUUUCCAGGGGCAUUCGUCUGUUGAUCUACGUCAAUCGUCCGGCUUUAUGCAGGCAGAAGCACUUUUAUACCUUGCGGUGUAUUUUUUUCUUUUUUUCAGAACUUUUUUCUGGAAAGUCAUGUCUUGAGUGGUUAAAACGUGGCUACACAAGUAGCGGAGUAUAUAACGUUCCUUCAAGGAAAGGGAUUGAUGAUCCGCGUGUUUACUGUGAUAUGAUUACCGACGGAGGUGGCUGGAUGGUGAUACUAAGACGUGUGAAUAAUGACUCUCUGAACUUUGACCGGACCUGGAAUAAAUACAUAUUUAGCUUUGGCGAUUUACUUGGGAGUUACUGGCAUGGCUUAGGUAACCUUAAACGGUUUACUGAUCAUGGCAGGUUCUCUCGUCAAGAACUCAGAGUCGACUUGGAGGACUGGGACGGAAACACUGCCUUCGCAAAAUAUUCUACUUUCCGAGUGGCACCAGAGGAAGACCUCUUCAGAUUGACUGUUGAUGGGUAUUCUGGAACGGCCGGUGAUGGAUUGUCGUCCUCCAAUGGAAUGGCAUUCACCUCAAAAGAUUCAGACAAUGAUAUGAAUGUCGACAACAACUGCGCUGUACAAGCAUGGGGCGGCUGGUGGUUCAAAAAUUGCUUCCAGGCUUUUUGUAAUGGCCGGUUUUCAAAUCUUGUUUGGGCUCCUUGGAAAGGAUUCAACUAUGCUCUGAAGAAAUGUGAGAUGAAAAUAAGGCCGAUUACUUGA